GCGCGCUCACACUCUUUGGUUGUUUACCUGCUAGCCUGUGAGCGCGCAGCACGCUCACGAAGUUCACAGACUUUAAAGUUUUCGUGCUCCGUGGCGAUGAACCCGGAGCUCAGCGGAGUGUUUUAGACGAACAGCACCGGGGGAACUUUAAAUCUGCGCGAGGCUAGCAGGUGACCUUUGAUCCGCCUGAGAGGUCACGGCCACGCUCGGACUCUCCUCCAGGACGAUGGCCAACCCACUCAGGUCUGAAGUGUUUCGACUGUACAAGAACUUGUAAACGUCAGAAUCGGGAGUUUGGAUGAUGAGACUUCAGGCGGCGUCAGCACAGACUCCAUGAUGAUGUCGUUAACAUUUAUUGACAGUUAAUUUACUUUUAAGAUGCAUGAUGAUCCGUCGGUGCCACCGUGACCCGUCAGAGCUCCUCUACCUCGGCCGGGAGUACCCCAAAGGUGGCGACUACUUCCGGGACCGUCUGAGAGCGGCGUUUGCCAGGAACAAGGCGGUGGAGGACCCCGAGCAAAUAAAGGCCCUGAUUGCUCGUGGUGAGUACGUGGCCCGGGAGCUGGAGGCGCUUUACUACCUGAGGAAGUACAGAGCGAUGAAGAAGCGCUACUACGAGGACUAAACGGCGACCGAACGGUGACGACACGAACAGCUGUGAGGUUUACGGUUCUAAUCCUGAGGUCACAUGACCACCGAGUGAAACCUUUAAAUUAAAGUAUUCAAAACAAAAACAAGUGU